UGAGAAUCUGGUAGCCAUGAUGCGGUAUUCGUGCGCCAUCGCACAAUCCUUAAAAGUCUUCAACUUGGCAAUAGAUGAAUGAUCAGCCUCACGACGAAUCCACGUCGCAGUUCAUAACGGCCGCGCCUCUUGCUACGUCGUCGGCAUGGUUUCCACGUCGGGGACGGUUGCCAUCGUCGUCGUCAUCCUGACCGUGCUGGUGGCACCGGCGAGCUGCCGCCGGGCACUAGUGGCUGCCAACAACGGGUCCGGGAGGGAGAUCGAGGCUGCAGACCAGUGCGUGCGCGGCUGCGUCGGGGAGAUGCUGGCGUGCCAGCAGGCGUGGGCCGGCUGCGCGGCCAUGUCGUCGCGGCGGCAGACGACGAGCCAGCGGCAGCGGAGCGUUCCGUGCGGCUACGGCGGCUGCGAGGACGAGUACCUUGGCUGCAUCGACGAGCAGCAGCGUAGGCUGAGGCGGGGGCGACAUGACUGGCUGCAGCUUCUCCGGUGAGGCCUCACCAGAGAAGGAACACCAUGCAUGGCCGCGACGUUGCCGGUGGAGGUUCGUUGUGUCUCCUACCCGGUGUGACCGCCGUCGUGAGAUCGUAGCUGGCCUGAAUUGUAGGAGAAGAAGAAGAAGCAAACUGAGCGAGAGAGAGUAGCAGGAAAAGAGUUCAGAUAUGCAUUU